GUGCGCGCCGGAGGCUCCCGAAGUCCGGAUUCCAUACAACCGGAGGAAGAUGCGGCAGCGCAGGCAGGGAAACGGCGGGACGUUUGGUCUUUAUGGUGUCGCUGCUUCUAUCCUGGCAAAGCUGGAGCGUCGGGAAGGUUCCCUUAAGACUCUCGUCUAUGGAAGUCACUUCCCGAGUGCACGGUUGCUCUACGCCCUUGUUUCAGAAACACAUCGCUAUUCUUCUGUACUGGAUUCCAUCAUAGAUGCUGCUGGUUUGUUCCGUGCUGAAAAAAAGCUGCAGCCACAUCUGGCCAAGGUGCUGGUAUAUGACUUACUCAUUGGCAAGGGGCUUCGUGGUGGAGGACGUGGGAAGGCCCUGGUAUUGAAGCAUCAUGCGCGUCUCCAGGCUGAGCUUGCCCGCUUGAAGGUCCAGAAAAAAGUGAGCCGCAAUGAAGAUCUUCUGCCACCAGCUGGAGGAUCUGGCAAAGCACUUAAGAUGCCGCGCUAUGUCCGAGUGAAUUUAUUGAAGACCUGUGUGGAUGAUGUUGUUGAUUACUUCAAACGCCAGGGCUACUCUUACCAGGGCAAAGCAGCCAGUAUGGAGGAAGCGAUCUUAUCCAGGAAGAAAUUCCUGCUGGACUUCCAUCUUCCCAAUCUGCUGAUCUUCCCUCCUCAGACAGAUCUUCAUGAGAACCAGCUCUAUCAGGCUGGGCACAUCAUUCUCCAGGACAAGGCCAGCUGCCUCCCUGCCUUUGUCCUGAACCCCACUCCAGGGUCCCAGGUAAUUGAUGCCUGUGCUGCUCCUGGCAACAAAACCAGCCAGCUGGCUGCCAUCAUGAAGAACAAAGGGCAGAUCUUUGCCUUUGAUCUCGAUGCCAAGCGGCUGGCCACCAUGAGCACUAUGUUGGUACGAGCAGGGGUCACCUGCCAUCAGCUGGCACAUCAAGACUUCUUAGCAACAGAUCCCACUGACUCCAAGUACAGCAAAGUGAGAUACAUUCUCCUGGAUCCUUCAUGCAGCGGCUCAGGUAUGGUCAAUCGCCUGGCAGAGGUGGAAAGCACCUCCCCGCCUAAGCGACUGCAGGCACUUGCUGGGUUCCAGCGAAAAAUGCUGGCACAUGCAUUGCAGUUCCCUGCCCUUCAACGGCUGGUUUAUUCCACAUGCUCGGUGCACCAAGAGGAGAAUGAAGAUGUGGUGCAGGAUGUGUUGGAGCAGGAGGGAAGCGCCUUCAGACUGGUAGAAGUGCUGCCAUCCUGGACCCCUCGUGGCUUACCUGUUUUCCCUGAAGCGAAGUGCUUUCUCCGAGCAUCACCAGAAGAAACACUGACCAAUGGAUUCUUUGUAGCAGUGUUGGAAAGGAAGCACAAAGCAUGUGCAGCAAGUUCUGCAAUGCUGCUUUCAGAGGCUGGCAGUAAAUUAGAAACAAAUCCCAAUCCAGCAACCAGGAAACGAAAAAAGAAGAAACAGAUGGCUUUUCCAAAUAAGUGAAAUUCUUCAGAAGCUUCCUGGUCUUUAUCAAUGGACUUUGCAAGGGAAAGACCUUGGAUGGAAAUAAAAGUCAACUUUUCAGUUAGUCAGUGUGGAUGUAGUGAAAUGGGAACUUGGUAGAAAAACCGGGCUUUGGCAAAAACAUUGUAAACCAAGGUCAUGUGACCACAGGAUACUCCAAUACCCAUAAAUGUGGGGCAGCUGCUGAGCACCCAAAAUGCAGUCAUGACUCUGGGGCUUGGGGAAGCCACCGGAAUUUGGAACCAGGUGUAAUGGGGUGGGGUGGGGAAGACCACCUGUAUGGAGGUCUUGAGAGAAAUUGAGUUGGAAAGUUCACCCCUAUCCUGUGGGAAGACGACCCUUUUCAAUGUUUGUAGGAAAAAGGUAUGAAAGGAAAGUGAAAACCACUGGAACAGAGACUAGCAUCUUUUAUUGAUCUGUCAAGCCACUCCAGGAGGCUAUCUGGCCAAAAAAACAGUAAAAAACAUUCUGGCUCAAGCAGUUUUAUUUUAAAUCAACAUAAGCAAGGAAAAGAAAUUGCACAGUCACACUAAAACCCUUGACAGGAAUGAUCCAAGUCUCCAUUGCAACUUU